UUUACCUUUAGAAAACUGCAUUUUUACUGAUGAUUUGAAGUAAAACAACUAUUUAUUUAACGUCCCAUUUUUGUAUAAAGAUGUGGUUAGGAUCUGUACAGUUUGUUGAAAUCGAUUUUUCAAUUUGUCAUAUUUAUGUUAGGAAACAAAUGCACGUUGAAAACUACCAUUUCCCUAUUUCUACAAAUCAAUUAUUUAAAUCAUGUCACCAUUAGGAUAACCUGUUCAAAAUUUAUGUAAUAAUUUACCAUCAUGUUACUCAAUGUCCUGUUGUUUGUAUACGUAAAAACAGAAUUGUAAAAAUGAUUACGGCAACUUACAAUUGUGGCUGUCCAGUAAAACCUUCCUUAAUCCCUAAACCAAUCGAAUUGCAAGCACCUUGUUCUCCUUGCUGUUUCCAACUAGAUAGAAGACUAGAUAGAACUUUACAUCAUUCACAAAUACGAGCAUCACAAUGUUGUCCGCAAUUCGAAACGAUAAAAAAACCAAGGCACAUCUAUCCAACAUUCGAAAGAGAAGUUUGUUGCUGCGUUAAUCGUAAAAGUUUUCAUUAUAUUCUACCUACGCUCAUGUUUAGAGCAUAUUCCUUUCGCGCACCUAUCAUUAGCUUCUCCACAAUGUUCUCAUUGUUGCUGUAGAUGCAUUUAGAACAUACUCGACACCUUCACGUAGACCAAUAAGCGCAGCAGUGAUUUCAAAAGAAAGCGUGAGCAAGCAGUUUCCAAGGAGCAGAAGUGAAUCAAAGUUGAACAUUGAAAUGUCCAAUACAGAGCAAACUCCAACUGACAAAGUUGUAUCGGAGAUCGUUAGAAAGAAGCAGCCGUACAAGGAAAUCGAAGCUAUCAUCAAUGACAAUCGCGUCAUCAUCAGGAUGCAGAAGGAACCGGUCAAAGAAGAGUACGAUCCUCCGUGCGAAUGCAUUGGUCAGGUAGCCUCGAAAGAAUCGGCAUCGUCGAGCCGCAUCAAGUGCGACGACGGUGUCACGUUCGAUAUGGCUGACGGAAAUUUAAAAUUCUGUCAUACUCCUCGAGAGGACAUGCCAGGGAUAAAGAAAACUUGCGAGGAGAUAGGAUGUCGCACGGUCACUUUGUAUCCACGCGUAAUAGACAAAGCUACAAAUGCGCGUACAACUUAUCCGAGUAGACAAACUAAAAGCUCAAGAAUGGAAAGAACAAUCGAUCUUGAGGAAAAUCCAAAUAUUUUUCUAUUGAGAAUUAGAAAACACUGUGAUAGUGGCGAUAAAAGACAAAAGAUCGACCUUGAAUUUCGGACACCCCGACCAUGGCUACCGAGGAAUGGUAAGAAGAAGGAUCUCCUUGAAUCUGAGAGAUUAGAGAAACAUGAAGAUGACACUAAUGAGAAACAUAAAGAUACUGACAAAAUAUAUAAAGAUCAUAUUGAUGGAGAACAUGGAUGACAUUAACGAUCAAUUUUUUUCAUGAAGAUGACAUUUACGAAAAAAU